GCAUUCCAGCCUCUUUGUGAAGUGGCGGGAAGCAGAAUCCUACUCUUCUUUUCUCUCCUCCUUACUGCUAUUCUUUCCAAACGCGAAAUAGGAUGGCAACUGCUGGUGAGGAUUUUUCUCAUUUUGAUAUUUCUGAGGAGGAGAAGGACAAGCUUGUUGCAGAAGUGAUCCGCUGUGUCCUUUUUAAAACCCACCAGAAUUUGGGUUGCCCAAUUAAGAGGGACGAACUUACUCAAUUGGUUACUAAAAACUAUCGCCAGCGGGCUCUCCCUUCUUUUGUGAUCAAUGAGGCCAGAGCAAAGCUCUCGAGCAUUUUUGGAUAUGAAAUGAAGGAGCUCCAGCGUUCUCGGCCUUCAUCAGCAAAUCAAGGCCGCUCUUCACAACAGAGCACGGUGGAUGCAAAAUCAUAUAUUAUCAUGAGUCAGAUACCUGCUGAUGUAUACAGGAAAUAUGUUGAAGAUGUAAAUACAUCACAUCUGACUGGUUUUACUUUUAUUGUUAUUGGUAUUGCAUAUCUUGCUGGAGGCAAAAUCUCCGAAGAAAAUCUUUGGCAUAAUUUGAGUCGGUUGGGAUUGUAUGAAAGUGAUGAAAACCAUCCUGUCCUUGGAAACAUUAAGCAGGCGUUGGAAGCACUUGUCCAACAAAGAUAUUUGCAGAAGAACAAAGUUAAUGGUCCUGAAGGCAACACUUCAUUUUAUGAGGUUGCUGAGAGAGCUUUAGAUGAAACAAUUAGUGAGAAAAUUAAAGAAUACAUAUCACAGAUUGUUCAGAAAGAUGUUCCAACCGUUGAUGCUGAUUAGUGUCUUAUUGCUUGGGGAAGCUGUUCUAUAUUUUCUAAGGCAGCAAGGAAGGUGAUGUAGUUGUCUUCUCAUUAUAUGCAGACCGCUCUUGCUGUUCGGUUUUGGGGUUGGUAAAAAACAGGAUCCUUUCGAUGAAUAUGUUAACCAGAAAGGGCAAGGGCAAAGUUUCAAGUCCCCGCUCAAAUUUUUGGUGCAAACAUUCUUGAUGAUUGGCGUAUGCAUCUUGCAAGCAAACGAUGCAUUUUGUUUAAAGUUAAUUAUUGUGAUUAAGACGACCCUGUAUUACAUAUGGCUUGGAGUUCAAAAGUGUGAAGGGGAUCAGUUGAUAUUGGCUUCCAAAACCAUCAUGAGAAAUCUAACAAUUGUAUAAGUAUCAUGUACUGCUAAAAUAACUAAUUUUGCAUACCACAUGCACAACAAUAUUAAGUACUGAUACAUCUAAUGGGGCAUUUUGAAAGAGUGAUUUUUCAAACUUUUAAUUCCCUAUAUAUCUGCAAUAUACAGGAGGAAAAGGAGGAUGGGAAUCUGCACCUCACGCAAUCAAAUCCAUUCUGUUAAGAAGUCACAAUUUGGACAUAUUGGCUCCGGUGGGCGGCGCCGGAUCCCUUCAGUUUACCCCAUCCACGCGAAUUGAUUGACUAAAAGGGAUGAUGAAGCCGAGGAAUUUGUGGCUGGGAUUGGAGUCGUCUGAGGAGUGUUUGGAUAAGCCAAGGAAUCUUUUGCUGGGAUCGGUAGGUCUCUUGUCAUAGCUCUAUCAUAGCUGUUGCACCACCCGCCAGAUCCGUCGGCCAUAUAUAUCGCACUUCUCUGCACCGUUGCGUCAGCCCAUCGUCGUCACCACCUUGCCCGCCGUUCAGCUCACCUUGCUCGCCAGUCCAUUCCACCAUCCAUUCCAAGCUUGCCAGCCCAUUCUGCCAUCUCCAUAGCCGAGCACACCGCCGUCCGUGUUUCGAGCACACAACCGUCCACAGUUCACCGCCGAGCCCCCUUGAGCUCGCCGCCGCCUCCACAGUUCACAGUCGAGUCAAUCGAGCUCCCAUCACAGUCGAGUCCUCCGCGCACAAGCCACCAUCAUCCGAGACCAAGCCAUCCCGCCGACCUCGGAUUUCUUUGGUCUCUUCUCUCUCUCUCUAGCUCUCUGUUUUGGGUUGUGUUGAGUGAAAAACAUCUUUUGGCAGAAGAAAAAAAAAAUGUAAGAAGUGUAUAAGUUACAACGACGCAGUGUGUUAUAAGGGUAAACUGGUCUUUCAAAAUUUUCGGUGCCGGAAGCUGAUGUCAUGGGGGUAAAUUGCAACAAAAUCAUAGUUCAGGGGGUAAAUUGCAACAAA